ACGAUCAUCAGAGAUUGCGCAGAGUAUGUGCAUAAGUGUAAGGUCUGCCAAGAAUUUCAAAGGGUUAUCUUCCCCAGAUCAGCACGGCGAUUCCCUUCACUCGAUGGGGCAUUGAUCUAGUCGGCAUCCUGCCUAGGGGAGCAGGAAAUAACAUGUACCUAGUGGUCGCGAUCGACUACUUUACCAAGUGGGUCGAAGCCACCCCAGUACCAACCAUCAUCGAAGAGCAAAUGAGCAAAUUUGUGUCCAAACAAAUUUUGUGCCAUUUCGGGGUGCCCCAACAGAUCAUCACUGACAACGGAACCCAGUUCGAGGCUAAAGGGUUCAAAGAGUUUCUGCAUAGUUGGGGUAUAAAACAUAGCUGCACUGCGGUUGGGUACCCACAGACCAAUGGGCAGGUCGAGAAUGCUAACCGCACCAUUGUGGACGGCUUGAAGAAGAAGAUAAUGGAAUGCAAAAGUGCCUGGGUUGAAGAGUUGCCCUACAUUCUGUGGACUUAUAGGACCACCCCAAGAAAGGCCACAGGGGGAACGCCGUUCGGACUCACAUAUGGGUUCGAGGCGAGGGCUCCAGCUGAAACCUCAUUGCUGAGUCAUAGAGUGGAAACAUUUGAUGCCCAAGAGAACGAAGAAAACUUAAGGGCGGAGUUACAUCUUAUAGAUGAGCGAAGAGAAAGGGCAUACAUCCGAGCACAGAACUACCGUCGGCAAGUUAAGUCGUACCAUGAUCAAAGGGUGCGACCAAGGCUAUUCAAAACGGGCGAUUGGGUCCUAAGAAAAAGGGAGGUCAGUUGGCCGACCGACGGGGGGAAGUUUGCCAAGAGUUUUGAAGGUCCAUACAUCAUAAAGGAAAUGUUGGCCGAUGGAACCUUUAAGCUGCAAACACCAGCGGGAGGUGACGUCCCGCGGGUAUGGAACGCUGCCAAUCUCAUCAAAUUUUAUCAGUAGAUUGUACUCCUGCUAUGUUUCUCCUUUGAGUUUAAUAAAAUCAGCAUUUUGGCACUUCCUGGUCCCAUCUCUUCUUGAAUUUUAUUGUACAAAAAAAAGGAGCGACCAAAGAGAUCGCCAAUCGAAGCCACAUGGUGAUUCACACUAAGAUACCCAUCAAGGGAUGAAAUGCUGAACCCAGUUGGUAAUCAAUUAACCAAGUCCAA